UACUCCCUUGUCUCCUUUCUCCUCUUUGAUUUGCAGACCGGAAGAGUCCUUAACCAAAGUAGGUCAGCAGGCACUUCCGGUACCAGAGACCAGUGUUCCGGGCAGUUCUGGAAGAAGAGAGGCAGCGGCGGUGGCAGCUGGAAGAUGAAGAAGGAGCAUGUGCUUCACUGUCAGUUUUCCGCGUGGUAUCCGCUAUUUCAAAGCCUCACCAUCAAGAGUGUCAUUCUUCCACUUCCUCAGAAUGUGAAGGAUUACUUGCUUGAUGAUGGAACUCUGGUGGUUUCAGGAAGGGAAGAUCCACCAACAUGCUCUCAGCCAGACAGUGAUGAUGAGGCAGAAGAAAUACAGUGGUCAGAUGAUGAGAACACAACCACACUGACGGCACCAGAAUUUCCUGAGUUCACUACUAAAGUUCAAGAAGCUAUCAAUUCCUUAGGGGGCAGUGUAUUUCCUAAGCUUAACUGGAGUGCUCCAAGGGAUGCAUACUGGAUAGCAAUGAAUAGUUCACUGAAAUGCAAAACCCUUAGUGACAUCUUUCUACUUUUCAAGAGUUCUGAUUUCAUCACUCGUGACUUCACUCAGCCAUUUGUUCAUUGUACUGAUGAUUCCCCAGAUCCUUGUAUGGAAUAUGAGCUUGUUCUUCGCAAAUGGUGUGAAUUAAUUCCUGGGGCUGAGUUCCGGUGUUUUGUCAAGGAAAACAAGCUUAUUGGUAUUUCUCAAAGGGACUACACACAAUAUUAUGAUCACAUUUCUAAACAAAAGGAAGAAAUUUGCAGAUGCAUUCAAGACUUUUUCAAGAAUUACAUACAGUAUAAGUUCUUAGAUGAAGACUUUGUAUUUGAUAUAUAUCGAGAUAGUAGGGGAAAGGUGUGGCUAAUUGAUUUUAAUCCAUUUGGUGAAGUAACAGAUUCACUGCUGUUUACUUGGGAAGAACUGAUCUCUGGGAAAAACUUAAAAGCUGAUCUUACUGAAGGAGAUGCUCUGGAGCAGGAUUCUCCAGCUUUUCGGUGCACAAACAGUGAAGUUACAGUACAACCCAGUCCUUACCUGAGUUACCGACUGCCCAAGGAUUUUGUUGACCUCUCUACUGGUGAAGAUGCUCACAAAUUGAUAGAUUUUCUUAAACUGAAGAGAAAUCAACAAGAGGAUGACUGAUGAUAGAGUUCAAGACCAAGUUAAAGAGGAAACCAUCCCUACUUCAGAAGGCUGUUCAUAGGCCACAACUUCCUAUUAACCCUGAUCUGAUGGGGUGGGGGCGGGCAGUGUGGAAAUCAGUAGCUUUUUAUAUUCAUGUAUAUCCAGCCAGAAAACAAAAAUGGAGGGACUUUGGUACUUGUAAAAAUAACAUAAUAAAUAGGUCGUAAACAUAGGAAAUUAUCCUGUUCUGAUGAUAAAGUACAUUUUAUG